CGAGGCUUUAGCUAAUACGUAAGAAAGUCCAAAACCUAAACCCUUGCUGUUGCAGUUGCAGGCACGGCUGCUCUUUCUUGCUGCUCUUUUCUUGUUCUUUCUCAACCAACAAUGGGCAUUAAGGGUUUAACGAAGCUUCUAGCCGACAAUGCACCCAAGGCCAUGAAGGAACAGAAAUUCGAGAGCUAUUUCGGUCGCAAGAUUGCCAUCGACGCCAGUAUGAGCAUUUACCAGUUUCUCAUAGUGGUAGGUCGUAGUGGGACUGAAAUGCUCACUAAUGAGGCUGGUGAAGUUACCAGUCAUCUACAAGGCAUGUUUACUCGCACAAUUCGACUUCUUGAAGCUGGGAUGAAACCUGUCUACGUUUUUGAUGGGCAGCCACCCGAUUUGAAGAAACAAGAGCUUGCAAAACGUUACUCAAAGAGGGCAGAUGCUACUGAGGAUUUACAGCAAGCCAUGGAGACUGGAAAUCAGGAGGACAUUGAAAAAUUCAGCAAGCGUACAGUAAAAGUGACAAAGCAGCACAACGAAGACUGCAAACGGCUUUUAAGACUUAUGGGGGUGCCUGUGAUUGAGGCUCCUUCUGAAGCAGAGGCCCAAUGUGCUGCGCUUUGCAAAUCAGGAAAGGUUUACGCUGUGGCUUCUGAGGACAUGGACUCUUUAACCUUUGGAGCUUCUAGAUUCCUUCGCCAUUUAAUGGACCCUAGCUCGAGAAAAGUUCCGGUCAUGGAGUUUGAAGUUGCAAAGGUUUUGGAGGAGCUGAAUCUUACCAUGGAUCAAUUCAUUGACUUGUGUAUUCUUUCUGGAUGUGAUUAUUGUGACAGCAUUCGAGGUAUAGGGGGACAGACAGCUUUGAAGCUAAUUCGUCAACAUGGUUCUAUAGAGCAUAUACUUCAGAAUAUAAACAGAGAGAGGUACUCAAUACCUGAAGAUUGGCCAUAUGAAGAGGCUCGACGGCUUUUUAAAGAACCAUUAGUCUGCACUGAUGAUAAGCAGCUUGAGAUGAAGUGGAGUGCUCCAGAUGAUGAAGAGUUGAUUACCUUUCUGGUGAAUGAAAAUGGGUUCAACAGUGACAGAGUGACAAAGGCAAUAGAAAAAAUUAAAACAGCCAAGAACAAGUCAUCACAGGGCCGAUUAGAGUCAUUUUUUAAACCAGUUGCUAACACAUCUACACCAAUUAAACGGAAGGAAAUACGAGAGAGCAUCCCUAAAGAAACUACUAACAAAAAGCUGAAGGCUGUUGGGGGUAAGAAAAAGAAGUAGUUGAAUGGUGGAGGAGCAACUGCAUUGGAUCAGUGUACGGGUUGGCUCAUACAUUUGAGUUAUAUGAUUGAAGUAGAGGUGGAUUCAGUGUUAUACGGGUUGAGAUAAUUAAAGGGUACUUGGCAUCUUUACAUCUUUAGAGGAAAUAGCCCUUAAUUGAGCAAACUGGCGAAAGUGUUGCCAAACUUAAAGCUUAGCCGAUUUGAGCUGUGCAUUACCAUAUCAGGAUCUGCAUAAUGUCUUGCAGCAUCAGAACAGCACCAGUCCAAUCUAAUAGCUACUUUGAUAAUUAGCGUUAUUGUUUCCGUAUUAUUGAGAUUUGAAGUUUUAUGAGUUAUUUGUGGCUCAUUUCUUUCUUGAAUGUGGUGAAGUUGAGAGAAUGACUGAAUUUGGAAUUUAGAUAUAGGCUGAAAGAAAUUCAAGUUUUAUAACGUUACAUCAUCAUUGUAAUCAUAUUAUUAAUUUAGUAUU